AUGCGUACUGCGGGAGUAGACUGGGGGCGCACACACGCUGCUGCAGCACACACACACACACACACACACACACACACACACACACACACACACACAUCAUUUCCAGUGGAGAUUGGGAUACAGAGACGCAGCGCCACGACCACUCCGCUGUGUCUGCUCCUCGGUACGGACUGCUGAAAGUUCCGCGCAGAGAGGCGGAUAGAUCCAGCGGAUUAAAUCCACGCUCUCUUCUCUUUUUCCUUUUUUUCUCUCCAUUUCUCUCCUCCUCCUCCUCCUCCUCCUCCUCCUCUGGUUUCGUGUUACAAAGCCCUGGGAGGGAGUUGCGCGGAGAGCCAGUUCCUCUGUUAGAAAACCGAAUGACAGGAUCAUAUUGCUCGAUUUUGACGCGAGGUCUCUCUACACAUUAGGAGAAAAAUCUACCAGAGGAAUAUAAAGAAAAAGAGGAGAGGAACACCGCGCCAGAAAAACUGAUGAGGAUGUGGAAUAAUUUAUAACUCCGAUUGGAAAACAAAACAAAAAAACCCAGAUAACGGCGAGAGAGGAGAGAGAGAGCUGGGAGAGAGAGGGUGGACAGGAUAAUCUGUCGUCAGAGAGAGACGCGGAGAGGAAAGCGCAGGACGCGUUGUUUCGCCCGCGAUCAUCAACCAACAUCACCGGAAUACCAAGCCCAAUGUGACCUUCAUCUGAGUCGAGUGCGUCUGUUCAACAUUCACGAGGAGGACCGAGGAAACACAAGUGAACGAGAGAUUGAGGAGAAAUCACACGGCGAGGGAGGAGAACAAAAAUAAGCCGCCAGGAGCCGAGCUGCUCUCUCAAAGUCCCCCCCCCCCCCCCGAUCAAUUACUCAACGCCAGUUCCGACAGAAGGGAGCUCACGCGGGAGCCAUGUGCGGGACCAAGGUCUUGCUCCUGGUGCUUCUGGUUGGAUGGGAGAAGUCGCUGGGCCUCAACUGGAACCCGGUCCCCCGCAAAACUGUUCGAUACCACGACGUGUUGGACAGCAUGGCGAGGUUCAGCGUCCAGGGAGUCUGCAACUACAGCAUGCUGACUCUGUCCGACCACGAGAGGGUUCUGUACGUCGGAGCCCGGGAGGCUUUGUUCGCCCUGGACCCCAACGACAUCAGCAGACAGCUCCGACCACAGAUCGACUGGCCCGCUCCGCAGGAUAAGAAGAGGGAGUGUGUCGCCAAGGGGAAGAACAACCAGACCGAGUGCUUCAACUACAUCCGCUUCCUGCAGAGCUACAACCACACGCAUCUCUACACCUGUGGCACCUACGCCUUCCAGCCUAAAUGCACCUACGUGAAUGCUGAUUAUUUUGCCCUCAACACAGCCGCCCUGGAAGAUGGCAAGGGUAAAUGUCCAUAUGACCCUGCCAAGGGGCAUACAGGCCUGAUAGUGGAUAAGGAGCUGUACUCGGCAACGCUCAACAACUUCCUGGGUACAGAGCCAGUCAUCCUGAGGAAUCUGGGCCAACAGCACUACAGUAUGAAGAGUGAAUACUUGCCUGCUUGGCUCAAUGAGCCAGACUUUGUGGGUUCGGCCCUGGUGAGGGAGAGCAGCGGCAGCAAAGAAGGUGACGACGACAAGAUCUACUUCUUCUUCAGCGAGCGGGCGCUGGAGCUGGAGUGUGACACCGAGCUCACUGUGGCCCGAGUGGCCCGUGUCUGCAAGGGGGAUCUUGGUGGUACCAGGACCCUGCAGAAGAAGUGGACCACCUUCCAGAAAGCCCGGCUGGUGUGCUCCCUCCCCGAGCGCCACGUCGCCUUCAACAACCUCAGGGCCGUGUUCACGCUGCCGGGCCAGGACUGGAAGGGAACCACCUUCUACGGCAUCUUUCACGCCCAGUGGGGCGACGUGGACGUGUCGGCGGUGUGUCAGUACCAGAUCAGCGACGUGAAGAAGGUGUUUGAAGGAUCCUACAAGGAGUACAGAGAGGCAUCACAAAGGUGGGGACGCUACACCGGAGCUGUGCCCGCCCCGCGGCCUGGAUCGUGCAUCACUAACACCGACAGGGACGCCGGCUACAACAGCUCCCUGCAGCUGCCCGACGCCACGCUCAACUUUGCCAAGAAGCACCCGCUGAUGGACGACAAGGCUCUUGCUCGCCCCCUGCUGCUUACCAAGGGGGUCAACUUCACCAAGUUGGCGGUGGAUCGGGUCAGCGCCUUGGACCAGCGGGCGUACAACAUGCUCUUCAUCGGCACAGCGGAGGGCUGGCUGCAGAGGGUGGUGAUCUACGGCGCCGAGGCCCAUGUGAUCGAGGAGAUCCAGCUGUUUGAGAACGUUCAGCCUGUGGACAGCCUGACCAUCUCCCACUCCAAGAAGUACUUAUACAUCGGCUCUCGCUCCGAGGUUCUCCAGCUGCCCUUGGCCAACUGCAGCCGCUAUCAGUCACAGCCAGACUGUCUGCUCGCCCGGGACCCCUACUGCGCCUGGGACAGCGAGGGCCGGGCCUGUGUACGCAUCGACCUCCACCGCGGCUCCACCUCCUCCCUGUCACAGGACCUCAUGCUGGAAAGGUUCAGCCGGGGAAAAGCCAAGUUCGAUAAGCCCGUCUCCAUCCCCAGCCCCGAGCACUCCCGUCUGAGGAACGUGACCGUGGUGGUUGGGUCUGACAUGGUGCUGCCCUGCCAACUGGUCUCCAACCUGGCUCAGCCCUUCUGGGUCCUCAACGACCGCGAGCUCCAGCUGGGGGACCCCGAGGCGGGCGGGCCUCGCUUCGACCGCACCCUGAAGGCGCUCGUCGUCCCGGAAGCGGGCCAGAUGCAAGCGGGCCGCUACGUCUGCUACUCAGAGGAGCAAGGGGUCAAGUUUCAGACCGAGCGCUACCAGGUGGCCGUGGUCGCCAGCGCACCGGUCUUCAUGGAGGCCCGGGCUCCCGACAGCAGCAUGGGGCUCUUCUGGGUGCUGGUUAUCACCCUCGGGGCGGCGUGCCUGCUGCUCCUCGUGGCGGCGCUGUACCUGCGCAGGAGGCUGAAGCUGGCGCUGGGGAAAGGCGCCGACAUGAAGCCCCUGGAGAGCACGCUGGUCUACCCCAUCACGCUGCCCAAGGAGCCGCCCACCUUCGUGCCCAGCAAGAUGCCCAGCGACGAGGACCGCUUCUGGGAGACCGGCGCCAACUACUACUACUCGGACGGCUCGCUGAAGAUCGUUCCCGGCCACGCCCUGGGGCCCGCCAGUGUCGGCAGCACGGCGUCGCCCAGCGCCAUCCCGGGCCAGCCCAUCCACUCCCCGAGCCGUCUCAGCCUCACCAACAUCCGAGGCUCGGGUAGCAACGGCUACAUCCGCCUCAACCUGAGCACAGCAGGGGAGGAGAGGGCUAGCGGGGCCGGCGCUGGGGGCGGCGGGCUCGGGGGUCUCGGCAUGAGCGGGAACGAUUACUCCAGCCCCUUCAAGGAGGAGCUGAGGCGCACGCUGCAGCAGAGGAGCGUGCUGCCGGACGCCAACCCGGAGGAGUCGUCCGUCUAGGCCUUGUCCUCCUCCCGUCUCCGUUCCCUGAGUUGGAAAACAAAAAAACAACCAACCUACCUCUUCCUCUUCUCGAGGAACGCCUGCUCUCUCUCUCUUUCAGUGACCACGCUGUCAACUCCCCACGCUCUCUCUCUCUCUCGCGCGCCGCCAAUGCCCGAUUGGCUCACUGUAGACAUUAAUAGCACACAGCAUGUUAAAUAUACACAGAGUCGGUCAACACGCACUCCUACUAUUAUUGUGUUCCCAGCAACAUGCGGCCAUGUCUGGUGGCUUUUCUUCUUCUUCCACUGUGCGAUCGCCACACGUGUAAAUUUUGUAUUUAAAGAGGCUGAAUGCAAGAGGAGAACACCUCAAGCAUGGAAAUCAAACGAACGGCGCAACAUGUUUUUUCUGAUGGGCACAUUUCUUUUUUUUAUGUUAAGUGGACCAAGUGAGGCUUCAAGCCGGCGCGCUGAAGCCGCCAGUUAAUGAACGGUGGAAGUAUCUUGACUGGAAAUUACGAACUGAUUCUCUGUCCUUCUUUUCCUUUGAGACUUUUUUCAGCUUACUGCACUUAAAAAAAACUGGAAGCGCGUGUCUUCCCUUUUUUUUAGUACUUGAGAGCCGAGAGUGUGAGAGCGGUAUUAAAAAAAAAAAGAACAAAAGACUAAUUAAUCUGGAAGCAAGACGACAAUCAUGUCCCCGUAUAGCAGGAGCUCUGCGUGGGACCGAGAGGAGAGAGAGACAAAAGAGAGAAAUGAUGAGGAAAUGAAAUGCUAAAUGACGUGAAUUGGAGUGAAAGACACAAGGGGGUUUUCGAAUGAAGGACAAUCUCUCAAGACUUUCUCUGCUCAAUUUAUACCCCCCCCCCCCUUCCAUGUUGUAUUUAUCCCCCGAGAAAGUCUCUGAUCCCUCUUCCACUUUAAUUUGUCGUGACGGUUUGCUUUGAAUUAAGACAUUUCUUGUUGUUCUUUUUUCUUGUGUCUUACGGACGACGUCAGUGUUCUAACGGUUAUCGAGAGCCCCCCCCCCCCCCCCCCCCCCCCCGUUAAUGACAAUGUGAGGGGCAGGCGCUUACAUUCCCCCCCCUCCCCCCCCCCAACGAUGACCCACAAACGCACCUUCAAGUCCAAUAUACUACAAGUGCACUCCAAAUGACAUUUAUUCAGCCGCGGGUUGUAACAAAUAUGUGUUUUGGUUGAGCCCCUUUCGGGUGUUUGUUCAUGGCUUUAGAAAGAAAAAGAAAUGGCUAUCUGCAUUCAGCUCUUCGCAGCGGAACAGAAAACGGCACACUUAAUCCCAAAUCGAAGCUGACGUGAAGACAUUAGGCAUGGAGAAUGUAGUUGAACCCUCACUGUUACGACCGCUGUGGAUGUCUCAAUAAGUGCUUUAUAUCUCACGUGUUGGGUGAGGGUGGUGACUUGCACUGCCAAGAAGGAAACUUUCCCUCCCACACACACACACACACACACACACACACAUUUUUACGCACGGACUCUCAGUCCUCUGAAUGCCAACGAUACCGGACUAUCAGUGUCUGUGACGAUCUCUUAAACCCCCAUGAUGAACCCCCUCCCCUCGUACCGACGCCCGGAGAAUGACCCGGGGCUACUGUGGACGCAAACAGAGGAAGACUAACUGCUGGCUCCAGGCGCGAAGCUGCAGUGAACCAGUGGAAGCAGGGUCAGCUCUCUGGUGUUUUGGACCGUGUCUGUCGGGACCAGAGGAGUCCAGAGUGAAGGAAGGGGGAGGACAACCAACGUCCCCCCUCCUCCCCCACCCCUCUUCCCCAACUGUGUACAGAGCGCUGAGAGAGUUGUAGUAUAUCAAAACGAUCCCGACGUUUGAAGAGGAGGAACUCAUCAUCCGCCAUCAGCACUCCACCCUAGUGUUGCAUGAUCCUCUACAAGUGGACUGUACAUCUUUGAUACGACCAUCCUUGCCGCCUUGUGUUUUCAUUCUGAGCGGACUUUUACAGACGCUGAUAUUGUGAACGAAUGAUCUCUUUGGAUUAUUUAAAGAAAAAAAACACUAAACAUGUCUGAUUUUCUGGUUCAAAGGGUUGUACAGGAAUCCGUGUUUCCCCUUUUUCUGUGCCUCUCUUCACCUUUCCGAUAAGCCAAAGUAGACUGCAGUUGCUUUUUUUUUUUUUUUUGUUCUAGUUGAAAUUCUUAAAUUAAUUUGACCAGAUCAAUAUUGAAGUCUCAGCAGUCCGUCCACUUUUAACUCCACUGAGCUGAUGUCUGCAGCUUUUUUUCUGAAUAUUUUAUCCACUGCUAAAUUCUCCCUCGAGCGAGACGCAGAGAUCGCUUACGGCUGAUCGAUCCACUUCCUUUUUCCGCUUUCUGUUUAUACGUCAGCCAUGAUCUGCCAGCUCCAGUUCUUUAUGAGAUGAUGAACCAAAAAAAAUGUAGUCCCUGUUUAAUUUGUCUGCCCCUUAAAAACCAAAUAAGUAUCUGUUGAUUCAAAGAUUAGCGAUAGAUUGGCUCCACUUUCUGUCCUGGAGGAGUGAGCGAGCUCAUAACACUGGUACUCAGAUUGUCUUCAUAUGUUUCCCUUUUUGAAGAACACGUUGCAAAGACUACAAAUGCAAACGCGUACAGGUCUCCGCUGAUGAGAAAUGCAUGUUUGAUGUACUUUAUGUGCAUUCGUUCAGUUCUUACAUGUGUUUGCUUGUUAUAUUUCCUCACACGAGGCGUUAAGUUUGGCUUUCUUUGCUCACAUUGUUUUUUGUUUUUUUUGUUUCUGUUGACACUCCGGUUCUACUUUGCCCCCAUUUUUUUUGCCCGUCUUGUUAAUUGAUCUUUUAUGUUUGUUUUAAAAUAUGUUAAGUAACUUAUUUCACUUGUAAAAACAUGUUGAUAUUUAUUAUCAUUGUACAUAUGUCCUUAUUUUUUAUAUGUGUAUAUAUACACAAAUAAAAAUAGAGAUAUUA